AUGUUUCAAAAUCUUGUCUUCUUAAUUAUUAUCGGUUUAUUUCUUCUGGGACUUUAUGGUUAUUUAUAUCGACAUGAAUCAAAUUAUUGUGAAAUGACAUAUAUGUUUGAAAAUCCAACUUAUCAUCGAAUACCAUUACCAGCAGAUGUUGAAAAGCGUUAUCGUCGUUAUGGACUUUAUUCUUAUUGCGAAGGUAGUCGAUGUGAAGCUCAUCGACGAAAUCGUUUUACGGGUUUUCCUGUAUUAUUUAUUGUUGGUAAUGCAGAUAGUUAUCGUCAAGUUCGUUCACUUGGUUCAGUUGCUUAUCGAAUGGGUGAUCAACAAAAACAAUUAGAUUUUUUUUCAAUUGAUUUUAAUGAAGAACUUUCAGCUUUAUUUGGUGGUGUUUUAGAACAACAAACUGAAUUUGUUGCUUAUUCAAUUCAAAAAAUUUUAUCUCUGUAUAAAAUAAAUAGAACAAUUAUUCUUGUAGGAAAUUCUAUUGGUGGUCUUCUUUCACGUGCUGUUUUCUUACAACCAUUGAGUCGAUUUAAUCCAAAUACAGUUCGUCUUAUUAUAACACAAGCAACACCUCAUCAAGCACCUGUUAUCCAUUCAGAUAGUUAUGUUGUUCAUUUCUAUUCUCGUGUUAAUGAAUAUUGGAAAAAUGAAUGGAAUAAUUCACUUAAACAUCUUGUUCUUGUAUCAUUAGCUGGUGGUGAUAGAGAUCAUCUUGUACGAAGUGAUCUAUGUUCAUUAAAUGGUCUUACUGAUGAAAGUCGAUCGAUUGAUGUAUUAACAAGUGCUGUACCACAUGUAUGGACAUCAACUGAUCAUCGUUGUAUUGUUUGGUGUCGACAAUUAGUAUUAACAACAACACGUGCAUUACUUGAAAUUAUUCAAGAGAAAAAACAAAAUCCUCAAGCAAUUAUGCAGAUACUUAAACAACAUUUUUCUCCAUCUGUUGAUUUUAAUCUUGGAUUAAAUACAACGUUAAAUUUUCAAAAAGAACCUAUUAUAAUCACAGAAUCGAUUAGAUCAAUUCAUGGCAAAGAACAUAAUGAUUAUUUAAUUCCAUUAAAAGAUUCAAAAUUUCAUCAAAUUAUUAUUCAUUUAACACAUACUCGAAUUUAUUUAAAAAAUAAUGAUCUCAUUACGGAUAUAACCAAUAUUCUUAUACCUAUUCCACCAACUUAUAGUAAUCGUAAAAUGAUUCAAUUUGAUAUUAAAAAAUUAGAUAAUAGCCUAAAACAAUACGAUUCGAUUGUUAUUCGACUUGAAAAUAAAAAAUCACAAGUUGAUAUAUAUCAAAUCGAAAAUAAUGAACAAAUAGUUGAACUCUCAACGUUCGGUUCACAAACAUUAUCUUUCCAUAAAGCAGGUUACGUAAAACUUGUUUUUCCAACACUUAUUCAUCUUUGGCAAGUCUAUAAUAUUUAUUUAUCAUCAAAUAGUCAACAAAUGCCAUUAAUUCAUUUUCAUGUUCCAUGGUCAAAUGAAGAUCUAUAUAAUUUAAUUACAUUACGUAAUCCUUCAUCUCCAUCAACAGUUCUUUCAAAAUCUCUUUAUCGUCAAAUACGUUUAAAGCUACAUCGACCACCUCUAUUAACUACUGAUGAAUAUCCUUCAGUUGAACUUUUUCUUGAUUCAAAUUCUUCAUAUAAUCUUCAAAUAACUUAUUCAUUUCUUGAUAUAUUAGCUCAAUUAACACGUUAUUAUAUAUAUUUAUUACCAACAUUUCUAUUUACUGUUCUAUGUAUAUCAUAUUCACUUCAAGUGAAUGAUGUUGCACUUCGUACAUAUCAAACAAUGCUUGCAUGGCAAAUACAUAUACCAAUAGCCAUAUGUAUAACAAUACUUUAUAAAGUAAUGAUAAAUUUAUUUCCAUCAUUAGAUUUUGUUGUGAAUAUUCAUUCAAAUGGUUAUUAUUUUUUCUUUUUACCAUUAAUUAUUUAUUUUCUUGCACUAAGUCUAUGGGCUAUAAUUUCAUUUAUAAUUGAUUAUUUAAUAUUAGAUUUUAUUCGUAGUUUAAUAUAUCCACUAUUUAUUUGUGUACACAAUGAUUUAAAUCAACAUUUAAAAUAUGUUCGUUUAUUUCAAGGGUUUAUGUUAUUAAUACCGCUAUUUUCAACAAUAGUAUUUAGUGGUUCACAAGGUCAUAUAACAUUAUUUUUAAUAGCUUUAUUACAUAUAAUGUGGCGUGGAACAAUCAAUGGACGUUUACGAGAAGUUUUAACAACAUUACUAUUAUUUCAUGGUCUUCUUGUUAUUCUUAAUGUAACUGGUUUUAUUGUUCAUAUAGGAAGUAUUUUAAUGCAAGGUCCUUAUCCAUUAUAUACAAUGAUGUCGGAUCCAUCAUUUUUCUCAGCUAUUUGUUGUAUAUUAACAUUCUAUCUUCGAUUUAGAUUUAAUCAAUCACAAGUACAAGGAAUUCAGAUUAUAAAAUUAACUUUUUUAAAAUAUAAUCGAAGCAUUUUGAUUUUAUUAGCAAUAGUUAGUCAAUUUUUUUGUUCGUAUUCUAUGUAUUCAUUAUGGAUAUUAAUUGCUUUUAUAUUUUUUCAUGUAGCUGUAAUUUUCUUUAAUCCAUCACAUCGUGACUAA